AUGAAUAUUGUCGAAGUAAGCAGCGUGGAAAAUCUAACAACAACCGUCAAAGUAUUUGUCGUAGACGUUUACGAUAUUGCUAAACAAGCCCAAGUUGACUCUAGACAAGUACCUCAAAUAAAAAUACAAAAUAAAUUAGUCUCUGCAGCCUGCGAUUUAUUGAAACAGGCUUCACUUAUGGUCUCUAAAGACAAUAUAAUAAAUUUCGACUUGUUGAACCUUGAAUUUCCUCUCUGGUUCUGGGUUAAGAUGUAUGUGUCAAUUCUAUUAUUAAAACUAACAAAAAAAAUUAAUAAUCACCAUAAUACUAACAACGCACUUCCACUGAAUACAGCUUCCACACUGCUGCAUCAAAGACAAAGUUUCGCUAUGGAUACUACGUAA